GCGAGCGACAGGCCCGCGCCUCAGACGCCGGCGCGCGGCCCCGCACAGGAAGCGUCGGCGCAGCCGUUCACCCUCUGAUGAAGGUGACGCAGGCGUCUCAGUCGUGUUACGACGUACACGAGCGAAAGGGACCAGAGGUAUCUCCCACCCACGAGGCGUCUAGGUCAUCAUCUAAGAAAUCCAGCACAUCUGCCUUCACCAAUGGCAGACUAGAAGUUUCGCUUCCAGAGUCGAAAGGUGCUAUACCAAAAAGAAGAAUCAAAGACAAAGACAAAGACAGACACAAAGAAAGAGAAAAAGAGAAAGUAAAAGUGAAAUACAAACGAGAGGAGCUUGACGUCCGGUCGGUGACUGUUCCUCUCAAAGACAUCAUCUGUUACUUGUCCCUCAUAGAAGGAGGACGGCCGGAAGACAAAUUAGAGUUUAUGUUCCGUCUAUACGACACGGAUGGAAAUGGCGUACUGGACACUGAUGAAAUCGACUGUAUCGUAAACCAAAUGAUGAAUGUAGCAGAGUACCUAGGAUGGGAUGCUUCCGAGUUGAAGCCGAUCCUGAAGGACAUGAUGGUGGAGAUAGACUACGACGCCGAUGGCACGGUGUCCCUGGAGGAGUGGAAGAGGGGUGGCAUGACCACCAUCCCACUGCUAGUUCUCCUGGGCUUCGAAUCGAGCGUGAAGGAGGAUGGCCAGCACGUCUGGAGACUGAAGCAUUUCAACAGACCUGCGUACUGCAACUUGUGCCUUAACAUGCUCGUUGGCCUCGGGAAGAAAGGCCUGUGCUGCGUAUUGUGCAAGUACACGGUGCACGAGCGCUGCGUUCAGCGAGCACCUGCGUCUUGCAUCGCAACCUACGCGAAGUCCAAGAAGAUGUCACAGACCAUGAUGCACCACUGGGUAGAAGGCAACUGCCACGGCAAGUGCGACAAGUGUCGGAAGACCGUCAAGAGCUACAACGGCAUCAAUGGCUUGCACUGCCGCUGGUGUCAUCUAACGCUACACAACAAGUGCGCGUCACAAGUGAAGCCGGAAUGCAAUCUGGGAGAGUUCCGCGUGCACGUGCUGCCGCCAACUGCCAUCUGCCCCAUUGUACUGGACAGACAAAGAUCUAUCUGCAGGCCUGGGAGGCGUGAACAGCGCCCCGCCGAAGCCGCAGCCGCAGCCGUCCAGUCGGUGUCAGCCGAACCAGUACCACACCCAGCAACAAUAAUGACUGCGACGACCACCAUGACCACCACGACCACCAUGACCACCACGACCACCAUGACCACCACGACCGCAAUGGGCCACUACCAACAUGCAGAAGGAGCGUACCCGCCAAUGUCCUUCCAGAUAAUGCCGCCAACGAACACGUGUCCGUUGGUGGUCUUUGUAAAUCCCAAAUCUGGAGGACGACAAGGCGAACGAAUGCUCCAUAAAUUUCAGUACCUGCUUAACCCCCGCCAGGUGUACAAUCUUGCAAAAGGUGGUCCCAUGGUGGGCUUGACCCUUUUCAAAGACGUAUGCAACGUCAGGGUCAUCUGCUGUGGAGGCGACGGAACUGUCGGAUGGGUUCUCGAAUCCAUGGAUCGCAUCCAAUACGAACAACAACCAGCAGUUGGGGUCAUACCACUUGGGACCGGAAACGACUUAGCAAGAUGCCUACGCUGGGGCGGAGGCUAUGAAGGAGAGAACAUCGGCAAAAUACUUAAGAAAAUAGAACGUGCUUCCCAGGUAAUGAUGGAUCGAUGGCAGAUCGAAGUUAUUCCAGAGUGCACGAGCGGAGACGAAUUACCGGGAGACCCAGUGCCUUACACAAUCAUCAACAACUACUUUUCUGUGGGUGUGGACGCUGCCAUAUGCGUGAAGUUCCAUCUGGAGAGAGAGAAGAAUCCAGAGAAGUUUAACAGCCGCAUGAGAAACAAGCUUUGGUAUUUUGAAUUCGCAACAUCGGAACAGUUUGCAGCGUCCUGCAAAAACCUCCAUGAAGAUAUAGACAUCACGUGUGACGGCGUCGCGCUGGAGCUGGCGGGCGGCCAGUCGCUGCAGGGCGUGGCGCUGCUCAACAUCCCGUACACCCACGGCGGCUCCAACCUGUGGGGCGACCACGGCAGCCGGCGCAUCUUCCGCCGCCGCCGCAAGCGCGCCGGGCCCGCCGACACCGGCAGUGCCAUUCAAGACAUCGGCGACCGGAUGAUUGAGGUGAUCGGGCUGGAGAACUGCCUCCACAUGGGACAGGUGCGCACGGGGUUGCGAGCGUCUGGUCGCAGGCUGGCGCAGUGCUCAUCCGUCAUCAUCCGCACUCGCAAGCGCUUCCCCAUGCAAGUAGAUGGAGAACCGUGGAUGCAGCCGCCCUGCACGAUUAAAAUUACACACAAGAACCAAGUUCCAAUGUUGAUGGCUCCACAGCCGGAAAGAGGAAGAGGAAUCUUCCGUUACUUAAGGAGGUGAACCAUUUACCUCGUGGUGAAUGGUAACAAUAAAAUAUGGAUACCUGUAAAUUUUAUUGUAUUUUUGAUGUUACACAUAUCAUUUUUCAUUUAAGUAAUGUUGUAACACAAAAAGUAAUUGUUGAUACCUUCAAUUCUGCCACUUUAUCCUUUUUAUUUAAUGUUUUGAAUAUUCUUUUAAAGUGCAAUAUGUAGAUUCUUUCCUGACUAUAACUUCCCAUGUUUCUUUAAGGGAUAUGUGCUUUUUAUUGAGUGUAGCACGAUAUAUGCAUAAAAAAGGAAAACUAUUUAUUUUGCCUCACGAAAUGCCUCAUAAAAGGCUGCAAAUUGCUCUGUGACAACAUAUAAAUAUAUAAACACAACAUUUCUGGUGUAAUUUGCUUGCAAUACUAUAGUUUGAAAUGUCAUUGUGAAAAAUGAUGUACUGUACAAACAACUGAGUAUACUGGAAUAACUUUUCAUUCACAUAAUGUUCUGUCAGGAGAAUUUUCUGCAGUAUAUUUUAAGCACCAUCUUUGUCAGUUGCCAUUUAUUGGUUAGUAUGGAUGUUACUCAGAUGGAUGCAGUACUUGUUCACCAGAAACUGUGUAACUGUAACAUUGCUAUAUGCUGUUACCAGUGGUAAGAUUUACUGCUUCUGGUAGGGUAUAUAAAUUGUGUUACAAAAUUAUAUAUUACUACUAUUAUAAGAGUAUCAUUAUUAUUGUUGAUAUCAUAUCACCAUUAUCAUUUCUACCAUCUUCAGUGACACUGUUAAAACUCCAUUUCAUGCACUGUGCAAGGUUAAGGCAUCUGUAUUUCAGUUUGAAAGUAAGAGAUAUCAUCCCACUUACCUGUAGGAAAACCUGAUAGCACUUGUGGAGACAAGAACACUCAGAAUAAAGGAGCGCUCUUUUUUAGUGAAGUUAACGGAAAACAACAGAAAAGUGUUACGACUAGCAACAUUUAUUUGUUACUGUGUUUCCCAAUUGUACAUGUAGUCUGCUGGAGUGAGGUAUGUUCAGUGUGACAGCAAAUACUUAUCCGAAUUAACGGUUUAUUCUCUUAUCUCUGAGAGUUUUAGAGGCAUAUUUUCAUGUCAUUUCGACAUUCGAAUCCACUAACGUCCACAUUCUGUAAAUUAGAAGCUAGUUGUGCGGUCUUCUUUUCUGAAUAUAUAGUGCAGUCACUGUAAAAGCUGACAGACAACCAUUGGUUGUUUUUCUUUCUGGUAUAUUUCUAAAAUAUUUUUAUGUGUUUAGAGAUGCAUAUGGUCUGUUGUCAAUCAUUUUAACCACAUAAUACUUAAUGACAUCAGGAUUUAGUAAUCAUUUGUGUUUCCUGUGAACCAAACUAACCGAGGUUUUAGAAACGAAUAAAUUUCAUGAUUGAAGCAUUAUAUACUUAUAUCUAUUUAUUUACUCAACAUGAGUUGUGGUGCCUUUCUGUCUGUAGGUGAGGAUGUUCUCACACUGGAGGUUGAUUUGAACUCAACAAUGUUUUAGAGGUUGUUGUCACAAUAGAAUUUGUUUGGCCAUGUUUUGAUACACCUUGCGAACCAGCUCAUACAGUCAUUUAUUGGAGCACUUACAUUUUCAUCCCAAAUUCGAAACAUUGAACCACCUGAAUUUUUCACACACACUGAUAAUUUUCAGAAAAGAUGGUCACAUUAAGUGCAAGAAAACAAAGAUCUACACUAACUGUGAAUUAAAACCUAGAUCUUAGAAUCUACAGGGGGAGACAAUUUUAAUGCCAUAGAGCCACACUUCGUAAUUAUCAUUAAGAAGUAUUGUUAUCGAAUUCUCAAAGGUCUCUCCAUAAUAUGAAAACAACAGUACAAAAUAUUGGAUGGAGUUAUGCAAAAAGAACAAUAUCCACCAAUCGUAACAAUGAACCAGUGUACAGUGGAUGUUUCCCAAAAGUUAAAAAAUGUACAAGAAUUGCAUACAAGCUUGUAUUAUUUUAACAUAUUUCAUGGUGAUUUAGAGAGAACAGCCAGGAGGAUAGGACUAUAUAUGCAGUUGAAGAACGUUAGAAAAAGGGCUGUGACGGACAGGACAACUCCAUUCCUUUUCGCAAUACAAUUGGUCUUGGAAUGAGCAAAAACGAAAAGAGAAACAGAUAUUUGCUGUAGUGCCAAAUGAGAACUGAAAUAAUGGAAUGAAUAACUAACUAACCAAGAGUUCAUAGCAUUAUGUAACUGAACAAAUAAAAAUAAAAUAUUAAAAAAGAAAUAAGUCAGAUGAGGCAGUUGAGGCAUGAGCUCCAGAUGGUUUGAAGUUUAGGAAAAAGCUGAACAUAGAAAAUGUGAUGUUGCUUCAACUUAGAACUGAAGAGGAAACUCAUGUUUCAGAAAGCAGUGGUGAGGCUGCAGUUCAAUAAUAAAUACUGCAGUCGAGGCUUGUUUAACAAUAGUAUUGUUUAAUUUAGUCUCAAAUACUUUUGCAAAGGAGUCAUGUACCUUUACAAUACAAUUCAAUGCCAGCACUGCAUAUGUGAAUUAAAAAAUGUAGUUAUAUGUUGCUAAAGCAUGAUACUGCUUCUUUGAAGACUCAUUUUUCUUUGAAGGGAUGGAUGAUUUUCUUUGUCAGUCCUCCAGUUAGUGCAAUGGAAAUGAGGAUAUGAUAAAAAGGAGGCACUAAAUAUCAUUGAAUUAGGGUUGUUCACAGUUACAUCACUGCCAGAGAAAAAUUGCGUUAUGGGAUUACUGUCAGACCUCCCACUGGCAUUGUGCACAAAAUUGCUACCAUAGUCGAUAGUGACCAUAGCAGCUUACAUUAAAAACUGUGACCAUCUUGAAAUCUUUAGUUAUGUGUUAUACUGCUACCAGCGUUUUUCAACAAAAAUAACACGAAUUCAUUUUGUCUGGUAGCAGGACAAAUAAAUAACGAUUCUUAUUAUAAGUUUCGAGAUGGUAUUCUGGUGUUAAUUAGAUUUGGUCUUCAUCGAGCUAGUGCAUAUGGUAUCCACAUGCCCUGUAACUUGUCAUUCUGUUUAUUAGUCACAUAUAAAACUCUUACAACUCUCAAAUUUUCAGGGAUUUUGGGAAAAUUAGAAGGAUUUCAGUUAAGCUUUCUAUAACCAGAAAUACAGAACGAAUUUGACAUGUCUACUGUGUCUUCUCCAUCGUGAAAAACUGCAUUCAGUAAAGCUCUGCUGAGGAAUUACCAAUCCUCAACACACCAUUUCUACAAUACGAUUGCAGGAAUGAUGUAUUAUUACUUAUAUGUUUACAACUUUAGAUUGUAUCUGAGAUAUGUGAUAGUAAACCAAAAAUUGUAAUAUCGCUGUUUGUUAAGCAUAACUACAUAUCUUACACAUAGAACAGUCCAACUAGCAAUGCAGCCAACCUCAGUUUCGGUGUCCAUGUAUUGCACCAUUUUCAGUACAAUAAUGCAACAUCUGUUACAUUCAUUGUUGCAUUAUUUACUCAAUUAAAACUGCAAUAGGAGCCAUUUUUCCAAUAAAAGUAUAAACAGGAAAGAAUCUACUUCAGCUAAAAUGUAUAAAAGGAAGUCACACAAACUGUAACUUUUUGAAUCAGAGGUUUAUUCAUCUGGGAAAGAAAAGAGAAGACUGGGAAUUAAUUAGAAUCCUAAGUAAGGAAAGAAACCACAGGCCAUUUUGUUGCAAAAAUCGACAAUGGAAGGCAAAGGAACAUGUGAGAAGGGAUAUGUAUUAUUGUUUCUUACACCUGUGUAAACAUUUCUAAUAAAACACAAUCAAAGUGAUCAUCUCUGACACCAGUUCCUCCAAGAUGUGUUAUUAUAUAUUAACUCUCCCUUCCAUUUCACACUUGAGACGUUUCUCUCUUGUUUCCCUCCUCCUUGUGGUCUUCUCUUGACAUGUUGUCAAGCACCAUUUCUUGUACCAGAUUACAGCAGUUAUUCUGCUGUCACAGAAAGGUGUCUUUGUUAGAUACUUCAUGUUACCAAAGCACUGUUAAAUAAAAUUUUUACACUAAGCUGCAAAGACUGUAGCAUCGUUCACUGUGGUCUGUUCAUAGUUUGUAGCAUCAUUGUUUCCUGAAGUUAGUAAUAAGCGGCCUUCCCCUGUACAUAUCUUUUUAUAUAGUCAGUUAUACAAAAUAUUUUUCAGAGAUGAUAAACAUAUUUCAGUAGCAUAUGCAGCCUAUAUUUUUUAUUUAUUUUUCUGCUAGAAGAUUAGUCAUCACUUACUUCAACUGUACACGUGGUAUCACUUUCUUUCCUUUACUUUAGUGAUACCUACACCUACUUUCACUACUCAUGUAAUACAACCAGUAAUACUGUGAAUUAAGUACGACUUCCACGUUAAUUUUGUAAGAAUUACUUCUAAGAUUAUUCAUUACACAACGUUAUGAGCUGUAUAACAAUUUCUAUAUUAAA